UUCCCGCGCCUCUGAACAUUUUUUUCCCGCUCCGACAAAAACCCUAACCGAGAGAGAUGGGGACGAAGAACCAGUCAUCUUCCUCAUCCAAAUCAACCUCCGAACCUAAGAAACGACGUCGAAUUGGAUUCAUAACCGAUGAUGGAAUUGAAGCUGUGGACUGCAUCGAUAUAUAUUUGGUUUCUAAACGAGAGGAAGUGGGAUCUCCAGAUAGUUUCCUUCUUGAACCGAUUGACUUGGACCAUUUUUUUGAUGAAGAUCGUCGAAGGUUUUAUGGUUAUAAGGGCUUGAAGAUUAAAGUCUGGAUUAAUGUGAUAUCUUUUCAUGCAUAUGCUGAUAUUUCUUUUGAGAGUUCUUCAGAUGGAGGCAGAGGGAUAACAGAUCUGAAGUCUGCUCUUCAGUGUAUUUUUGCAGAGAACCUUGUUGAAGAAAAAGACGUGUUCCUUCAGACCUUCUCAACUGAAAGGCAUUACAUUAAAUCUGUUGUCUCAAAUGCAGAAUUGUUACAACACGAAACUUCAACUGAACAUAAGGUUGAGGUAUUUCGCAUUGUUGGAGAACCUUUGGGGCUCCUUUACUGUCGGUUGGUGCCACUUGUACUUCUCUUAGUUGAUGGUAGCAACCCUAUUGAUGUUACUGAUCCAAGCUGGGAAAUAUAUCUUUUGGUCAAGAAGUGUUCCGAUUCCCAAGAGGAUGAACAUCUUCAGAUGCUUGGUUUUGCAGCUGUUUAUAGGUUUCAUCGUUAUCCUGACAGUGCACGCAUGCGACUUGGGCAGAUACUGGUGUUACCCCAAUACCAACGCAAGGGCUAUGGCAACUGCCUUGUCAAGGUGCUAAACAAUGUUGCUAUACGUGAAAAUGUUUAUGACCUGACUGUUGAAGAGCCAGAGGACUCCCUUCAACAUGUUAGAACUUGCAUUGAUGUUGAGCGCUUGCUGGCGUUUGAUCCAAUUAAGAGUGCGCUAGAGUCAGAUGUCUUGCGUUUGAAGCAAGAAAAUCCUGCAAAAAGGAGUGUUGGUGAUGUACGUAGGUUUCGUCCACCAGCAAGUGUUGUUGAGGAUGUUAGGAAAACUUUGAAAAUCAACAAGAAACAAUUGCUGCAGUGCUGGGAGGUUCUGGUCUAUCUCGGCUUGGAUCCAAUUGAAAAAUAUAUGGAGGGGUAUAGAGCCAUCAUUGCAGAUAAAGUAAAGGCCGAUGUUAUAGGAAAAGAUUCUGAAGUUGGUGGAAAGCGCGUGGUUGAAGUUCCAACGGAGCACGACCAGGAGAUGUCAUUUGUGAUGUUCAAAUAUGAUGACGGUUUAAGUUGUAAGAAGGAUGAUGAAAAUCAAGCUAAUGUGGAAGAGCAACUACAGAAACUAGUGGAUGAAAGGAUGAAACAGAUCAAGUUAAGUGCAGACAAGGUUUCUGUUCAACCUUGAGUAUAAGUUAUGUGAAGAGGAAGGGUUCUUAGCUGUUGGAAACUGUGCCGUGCCUGUUGUAGUUUUAGUGAAACUAACAUACCUUAGCAUUUGGUUGUAAGAGAUUAAACUGGGUUGGUUGGGUUUCUUGUCCUUUCAGUGAACCUAUGAAUUGUUAUGCAAA